AUGCCUCCUAAGCGAAUCCGUUGCACCGCCGCUACUUGCCGCGAGCCUGCACAGCGUAUCGUUGGCGACUGUACCUUCUGUCAAGGUCACUUCUGCGGCAAGCACCGUCUACUAGAAGACCACAAGUGCACCGGCCUCGAGGAUGUAAGUUGGAUGCUUGAGAUCUUGUCAACCCUUUCUAACAAAGCUCCCAGUGUAAGAAGCAGUCCCACGAGCGCAACGCUGCACAACUCGAGUCGGAGCGAACCCAGGUUAUCCGGGGCGUGUAAACCGACCAACGAGAAUCGCACAUACUCUCAUAACAGAUAUGUCUCGGAAUGGAGAUUGGCGUCACUCCUCACGUACACGAUGCGCGACUCUGACGGCCACGACAUAAUGAUGGGAUUGGGUUUCGACACAGCAUCUGCAUGA